AAAUAUUGUUUUUUGUUUUUUUAAUUUUCCAUCCGUGAUGAAAAAUAGAUAGUAGAAAAUAAAACUACCUUAAACCCUAGCUCUCUUCCUCUCAGCUUGAACCUCCCGUCUCCCUCCCACCACGAUCCCCACAUUUUCGUCGCCUUUCAGCUAAAGUCACCACCCACAUUUAUCUCAAGCUUGCCGCAGCUCAGACGUGAAAAAUUCCCUCGGCACUCAACCUCGCAUCUCAAGCUAGCCAGCAUAUCCUUCCCGCUGCACAGAUGGUCAACCAGAUUGUUAAAGCCGAGGCUUUGAUGAAUAAGGUUUAUGAGGCUGAUGUGUUUGUGUUUCUGCCUAUGAGAAGAAAGUGGUAUGGAGAACCUUUGUUGGGUUGGUUGCAAAGCCGAUGCAUGACUACGAGUAAGCGUGUCCAAGAUAGGAGCAAGAGAAAGAGAGUGCAUGAUCUCGAGAUAGUGACAGAGAAGUGGAAAAUAGUGUCGAAGGUGAUGGGUGUUAUGGAAGUCUUGAAGCAGGAGGUGGAGAUGGUGAUCCCUGUGAGGAAUCUCGAACAAUACAGGACGCGUAUCAAUCUACCUAAACCGUAUAAGAUAUCUGAGUUUCUUUUGAAAUCUCCUAAGCUUUUCGAAUUAUAUAAGGAUCAAAGGGGAGUGUUAUGGUGUGGGAUGACGAAAGAAGCAGAGGAUUUGCUGGAAGAACAAGAAAGGUUAGUUGAGGAGCAUUCUGAUAAGGCUGCAGAGUAUGUUACUAGGUGUUUGAUGAUGUCUACUGAUAAACAGCUUCGAAUGGAUAAGAUUGCACAUUUCAGGAGAGAUUUUGGUUUGCCUAUGGAUUUUAGGACCAAGUGGGUGCAUAAAUAUCCCGAACUAUUUAGAGUAGUUAAAUCUGGGGAUGGAGAGGAUUAUUUGAAACUUGUAUCAUGGAAACCUGCUUGGGCAAUCACAGAGUUAGAGAAGAAGAUAUUAGGAGCAACUGAAAUAAGUGUGCAUGAACCAGGGUUGCUUUCAUUGCCAUUUCUAUUGAAGUUUCCUCCCAAUUAUAAGAAGCUGGUUUAUAGGUAUGGAGGGAAAAUUGAGCACUUUCAGAAAAGGUCUUAUUUAUCACCGUAUGCAGAUGCUAGAGGACUCACAGCUGGGUCCUUGGAAUUUGAUAAGAGGGCUGUUGCCAUUAUGCAUGAAUUGCUUAGUUUUACCAUUGACAAGAGGUUGGUUACUGAUCAUCUUACCCAUUUCCGAAGAGAAUUUGUGAUGCCACAGAAAUUGAUGAGACUUCUUUUGAAGCAUGCUGGUAUUUUCUAUGUAUCUGAGAGGGGGAAGAGGUUUAGUGUGUUCUUGACUGAAGCUUAUGAAGGCCAAGAGUUGAUUGAGAAAGGCCCUUUGGUUGUUUGGAAGGAAAUUUUGAGCCUUGUUGGUUACAGAGGAAAGAAGAAGAAGAUUGAAACUUUCUGUGAUUUAGCAGACGGGGAGCAUGAGAAUUUGAUUGAUAAUGAUUCUGAGAAAGAAUGCAUAAGCAUGCAAUUAGAGUGUGAUGAGAUAAUGGAUGAUAUUGAGAAUUCUUUACUUGUGGACAAUGAUGCGAUGGAGGUUGGAGAGCUUGGUAGUGCAUGCAAGGAUAGUGAUAGAUCUUGAGGUAAUGAACUUUGUCUUUCUGUGGACAAUGAUGCGAUGGAGGUUGGAGAGCUUGGUAGGGUAUGCAAGGAUAGUGAUAGAUCUUGAGGAAUGUGCUAUUAAAGAGGCAGACCAAGCUAUGAACAAAGGCGGGACCACUGCUUAUGGCGUCCAACUUUUGUAAUCAUUGCUCCAUUAUGUGGCCAGCUACAAGCCUGUAUGUUGAAGGCAAAAUAUUUUCCUUCGUGCGAUGUCCUCAAGGGCUCUUUAGGACGCUGACCAAGCUAUAUGUGGUGAAGUAUAGUUUUUGCUAAGGAUCAGUUGGCAUCUGGGCUGUACUGGUGGAUAGGCAAUGGCAGUCACGUUAAUGUAUGGAUUGACAGAUGGCUUCCAGAGCAACAAGGUGGUAAAUUAUGGUCCCCUUCAAUGAGUUCUUCAAUGGAUAUUAACAUGGACGGUUUAAUGGAUGAGUUUGGGUGGCGGGAGGAUGUCAUUACUGCUACCUUCCUACCAUUUGAGGCUAAACAGAUCUUGAAUGUUCUGAUCAGUUGAACAGGGUGGGGACUAAGAAUGGCACAUAUAUAGUUCAAAGUGGCUACCAUUUCGGAGCCAGUGUAAUUCUGCUACACAAACCGAUCUCUUCGGGUCCAUCUCAGUCUGCUGAUAUACUUGGAUCAAAAUAUUUUCUGGAAAUUGUGGCAUGAAACCCUACCAACUAAAGUUAAUUCGGCUAUGAAGAAUGUUAUAGUGGAUUCUGUUUGUGUGAUUUGUGGAGAAGCAGAAGAAACUGCUGACCAAAUAUUUAUGCACUGUCUUCAUAUUCAGUGUUUAUGGUAUUUAUCUCUUUGCAUUCAGUUUCUCUCUCACACCUAUACUGAUUUUAGUUCAUGGGCAAGCUAUCUUUUCAGCUCCAUAGAUGAUGAUUUUCUUGAAUUGUUUACGACUUUAGCCUAGCAAAUCUGGUUUGCUCGAAAUGAAGAUGUAUUUCAUAAUGGGACAUUUGAUCUUCUUCCUACUAUUUCUAAGAGUGUUGGAUUCUGUUUUGGCCUACAGCACUCGGGUUCGCGUGGGAGAAGAUGGAAAUUCCUUCCUUCCAAUGUGUAUAAGGUUAACACUAAGGCGGGAUUCACUUCUUCUGGUGUCACCUCUUUUGGUUGUGUUGUUCGAAAUCGGAAGGGUCAUAUAUUGCUGGCGACGACAAAGCAUGUUUCAUCUAACUGGGAUCCUACUCUGGCAGAGAUUCAUGCUUUCAAAUAAGGAGUUGAACUUGCUGCUGCAGGGUUAUCGUUCUGUCCUUAUGGAGUAGUCUGAUAACUCGCCUUCGAUCUCAGCGCUACAAGGGCAUCCAGAACUGAGCCCUUAUCAUCAACUUUGUGUUGAAGAUAUUUUGGAUCUUUGUUCUGUUUUUCAAUACAUUUCAUUUCUGCAUGUUGGUCGUAUGGCUAAUAACUUGGCUUUCACUUUAUCUAAAUUGUCUUUCUAGUGUCGUUGAAUCUGUAUGGAUGAAGGAUGAUCUUUCUAUUUUGUUACGUUGUAGCAAUGUUGGAUAUUCAGCAUGCUUUAUUUGUUCUCUCUUCUA